AUGCGGAGGGAGCACGAGGACAGCUCCCCCCUGCGCCACUCCAACAGCUUCGCCCGCCCCACCGGGAAAAGCAUCUACAACCAGCGCAAGGGCUACGGCCGGACCCUGCUCCAGCCCCAGAGCGAUUUCCAGCACCACGUCGAGCACCUGCUGACUGCGCGGCUGGACGGGGACCUGCGCAGCGCCUGGGACUGCGUUGCGCGGCUGCGGGCGCUGGAGGCGCAGGGCCGGGUCUGGGGGCAGGAUCUCAUCCUGCAGGUCAAGGACCAGCAGCUGGUGCUGAGGGAUGUGGAGAGCAAGGAGGAGCUGGACGCCUACCCCCUGGGCAGCGUUCACGGCUGCUGGACCACGCCGGCCAUCGGCAGCUACAGCUCCGUGCUGGCCAUCACCGUGCAGGAGCAGAGCCCCCCCGGCACCAGCGUCCUGCUCUUCCAGUGCGAGAGAACGGGGGCAGAGGCGCUGAGGAGCAGCCUGGAGAAGCUGGUGAAGCAGUGCAAGGAGGAGCAGAGGAGCCUCUAUGGGCACAGGAGCAGCCGAACCCCCCCGUACUCGCAGGGUUCCCCCGUGGCCCCAGACCGAUGGGAAAACACCCCCAAGCUCGAUGCCCCCGUGUCCGACCAGCAUGGGCUGGACCACGGGCUGAUGGACACCCCACGGACCACCCCCUCGAGCCAGGUCAUGUCCGAGGUGGACCGGGAUGUUGAGGUUCUCAACCAUGUGCUGAGCGACCUGGAGCUCUUUAUGAACCGGGUGAGGGCAGCCCUGGGCAUGGAGAGCACCAGCGACCUGAAGAAGAAGAAGAAGAAGAAGAACAAAGCCCUGCCCUCCAUGAGUGACUACACGGACUUCUUCCAGAAGGUGAAAUACGCCCUUAACCUCUUGGGGCGGACCCACCAGCACGUGCGGGAGCCGGACCCCCAGGAGCUGCUCAGGCUCAUCUUCACCGCCCUCUCCUUUGUCCUCGCCCAUUGCCCCAACCCCAGCCUGGCCCCAUCGGUGGAGGCGCCGCUGCUGGUGCCCGAAGCGCUGGAGCUGCUGGAGAGGAGCUUGGACCACGACAACUUCCGCACAUGGAAGAGCCUGGGCACGGCCUGGAACAGGACAAGGGCAGAGUACCCCGACAGCGAGCUGGUGCCCCGCUACAUCCCCGUCUUCUCGGACGGGUGGUUGCCCCCCCCCAUGGAGCAGGUACAGCGUGCAGGGGACCAGGACAUCCUAUCGCCCGCCUCCGUGCCCCCAUCCCACAGCCCACACUCGCCCUUCUCCCUGCUCAACGCACAGUCACCGGGCACCGGCCGCAGGGACAAACCUGGCCAAGCGGCUCCCUCCCCUGGGCAGGGGCUGGUCCGAGUCCUGUAUGAGUUCCAGAGCAGGAACCCGCAGGAGCUGAGCGUCAGGAUGGGGGACACGCUGCAGGUCCUGGACCAGCAGAGGAGGUGGUGGCUGGUGCAGGACGGCCGGGGGGACAAGGGCUUCGUCCCCAGCAACAUCCUGGAGCCCCUCUGGGGGGGGCACAGCCAGACCAGCCCCCCCAGCCUGCACCCCGACUCCCCCCCCGCCGAGGUGACGGCCUGGCUGCAGGACAAGGGCUUCUCCCGGAUCACUGUUCGGUGCCUGGGGGCUCUCCGGGGGCAGCAGCUCCUGCAGAUGAGCGCUGCCGAGCUCCGCGCCGUGUGCCCCGAGGAGUGGCGGCGCCUCCACUUCAAGCUGUCCUCGGCCCGCGCGACCCUGGGGAUGGGCCCCACGGACUGA